AUGGAUGGAUGGAUGGAGAAGGAAGUACGAAAGAGAAAGAUUGCUGGAGCCGAUAUUCGUUCCCAGAGAACAAUUUCUCGAAGCGCUGACAACAAAGGCUCAGUAAAUACCAUCACAUUGAAAGGUGAGAAGGAUUCCAGCAUGGGUACUAGCACGGGUUUCAGCACCGACAAACUCGAUUCAAGGACUGAGAAUCCAGGUGAAGUAUUAGGUGAGGGCAACCAAUCACCACCACAACCACCACCACCACCACCACAACCAACGUUUCAGCAUUGUUGGUUAUGCAAACAGCCCCACCAGUUGGACACAUGCCAAAUGUUUCUGAGUAUGACCCCUACUGUUCGUCUCACAGAGGUGAGGAAAGCUCAUGCAUCUUACGUGUUUAAAAAUUCAUCGCAACCCAUGUAGAAAAAAGAAAAAGUGCACGUUGUUAAGAGAUGGUGAAGCAUGCAAGUUCAGUCAUCACCCUUGCUCCAUGGAGCGCCAUUUGAGCGAAUGUCCAAUAACAAUGUAUCUGUCAUUGCGGGAGGAAAAAGCGGGCUGCCCCAACCUUGGAAGUCAGUGCAAUAAAUUCUGUAUCUAAACAGAAAUCUAAAGCAAAUAUCCUGUUUGAUGGAGGAGGGGGUCCCAAUCCCAUUUCCCACCUGAAAUUUUGGCAAAAUCCCAGUCCCAGUUGGAUUUUUAUUAGAAAUCCCAGUCCGAGUUAUUGAAAUCCCAGUCAAUAAAAAACCCUUUAUUAAUUGGUAGAAUAAACAGUUUUAAGACCCUUUAAGCCACCGUGUGUGCAAGUGGCGGACACUUUAUGAAAUAUUGGGGGGGGGGACACAGAAAAUUUUUGAAUUUAAAUCCCGGAAAUGGCAUUUGCAGCAUUCUGAGACACGCAUAAUCAGAAUACCCAGAAUUCCGGGCGCCAGAGUAUGCCUGUUCGCAGGUAGUGCUGUGGAUAAUAUAGUUAACAACAAAAAUCAUGACCAUGCAAAGACACCAAAAACGGAUCAAAAUUGUAUUUUAAAAUACUUAAAACGUAGAAAAAUUGGGAAUCGACUCGCAUUACCUGAGAUUGAAAUUUAUUUUAUUGCGCCACAUUUAAACUUUUUAUAAAUUCGUUUUGUAAUCAUUUUUAUAAACAUUAAUUAAGCUGUAAAAAGUAUCAUUUGUAAAUAAGUAUUGAAAAGCCCUGCGGGGAAUACUUCCAAUAAUAAUAAUAAUCCAAUUCCCAUUUUUGAGAACUUCAUUUCCCAUUCCCAGUGGCCGUAUCCCAGUCCCAGCAACCCAAAUCCCAUUUUCCCAGUCUAAAAAUAGAUCAAUCCCAGUUCCCAUUUUACCCUUUCAGGACCCUCUUGAUGGGGGAUCUCAAUUAACUUUUAAUCAGAGAACAAUUUGCCCAAAACCUAGGAUUGCAUGGUGAGAGCAUUGGCGUCCACCCGGCGUAUAAGUAAAGUUGGGGGGACCGAACAGUUGCUGCAAACUAAGAUCUACACUCUCCAGAUUCGUUCCCUCUCCAGAUGGUGGCCCGAAAUCCGUGUUGAAAUUUGAAAGCCGCAGCUAUUCCUCUGAUAAGUGAAAACGUCAGGGCGGUUCGUAUUGAGAAGUAUGCAAAGUUGUUCAAGAUUGACACCAAGCGACUUCACCGGGGUUCUGGGGCAGUAGACAUCCUCAUCGGCAUCGACCAUGCUCCACUUCACGGUGGCAACACGCUAGUCAAUGGAAAUUUUGCUGUGUGGCAAUCCCCCGUAGGGGCGGUAGUUUCUGGAGCCGGUCCCGAUGGUUUAUGUUCAGUAAACCGCAUGCAUCUUGUUCGACUUAAUGACCCAGUUGAUCUAACUUCUUUCUGGUCCACUGAGCAAUUGGGGGUAGAAGUGAACCCUUGCUACACAAAGAGAACACCAGGGGGGAAACUGCUUAGCUCUAUCGAGAAGGAAGCUAGAGGCGAAGAUUAUUCGCGACAGUGA